AUGAAAGAAAUCUCGGAGAUUUAUAUUUAUCCCGUGAAAUCAUGCAGAGGAAUUAAAGUUAACUCAUGGAAAGUAAAUGAAUAUGGAUUUAAAUAUGAUAGGUUUUGGAUGGUGGUUGAUGAUCAGUAUAGUUUCUUAACUCAACGUGAAUAUCCAAAUCUUGCACUCGUUAUACCUACCAUUCAAGAAAAUGAUGAUGAUGGUGGUGAAUUAAUAUUAGAAAACCCAAAAAAUGAACAAAAAUUAAUAUUGCCACUUUUACCAAAUAAGGAAGGUUAUGCCAAAUGUUUAGUUAAAAUACAUGAUGAUGUUACAAUGGCAUUUGAUUGUGGUGAAGAAUCAUCCAAAUGGAUUUCAGAUUAUUUAGGGGCUAAAGUUAAAAUUGUAUUUAAAUCAACAGAAGAAUCAAGAUUAAUUGGAACAAAUCUUCCUCCAAAGGAUGAACUUUUAAAACAACCUGAAACAGCAUUUGCGGAUGUUUUUCCAUUUUUAAUUCUAAGUGAAGAAUCCUUAUCGGAUCUUAAUAAAAGAUUAACAACAUCGGUUACUUGUCGUAAUUUUAGGCCAAAUAUCGUAAUAAAAGGGUGUGAAAAACCUUAUGAAGAAGACAGAUGGAAAAAAAUCAUGAUAAGUGAUAAUUUAUUUUACGUGGUUACCAAGUGUCCUCGUUGUGUCAUGACUACGAUCAACCCCGAGACUGGUAAAAAGGAAGGAUUGGAACCAUUAAAAACUUUACAAUCUUAUCGUAGGGUUGAUCCAGGUGUAAAAUAUAGGGGUUGUUUUGGAAUGAAUGCUAUUCAUAAUAAACCAGGUAUUACUCUUAAUAUUGGGGAUCAGGUUAAGGUAAUUGCAACAGGAGAACAUAUUCGUGAGGUUUAA